CAACCGCUUCACACUUCACAGAGCAAACACAACUCUGUAGGCCUGUAGCGUUGCUCGGUGCGAAGCUGACACGGGAAAUCAAUCAACCUGCAUCAUGUUCCGAGCGAUGCAGAUCGUCCUCAGGGCAAGGAAUGGAGCUGCCGCGGCGCUGCCCCUGCCCGGCAUCGCUAACCGCUGCAGUUACUCCACGGGCUCGACCUCACAGAGGCUCGCCGGGAAGGUCGCGGUGAUCACCGGCGGGGCCAGCGGCAUCGGCAAGGCGACGGCCGAGGAGUUCGUCAGGAACGGCGCCAAGGUCGUCCUCGCCGACGUCCAGGACGACCUGGGCCGCGCCCUGGCGGCCGAGCUCGGCCACGAAUCCGCGUCCUACACCCGCUGCAACGUCACCGACGAGGCGCAGGUCGCCGCGGCCGUCGACCUCGCCGUGUCCCGCCACGGCAAGCUGGACAUCAUGUUCAACAACGCCGGCGUCGUGGGCGCCCUGGCGCGUACCCGGCUCGCCGACCAGGACCUGACCGACUUCGACCAUGUCAUGGCGGUCAACACCCGGGGCGUCAUGGCCGGGGUCAAGCACGCGGCGCGCGUCAUGGCGCCGCGCCGCGCAGGCAGCAUCAUCUGCACGGCCAGCGUCGCCGGCGUGCUGGGCAGCGUGGCGCCGCACCCGUACAGCGUGUCCAAGGCGGCCGUCGUGGGGCUCGUGCGCGCCGUCGCCGGGGAGAUGGCGCGCUCCGGGGUGCGGGUGAACGCCAUCUCGCCGAACUACAUCGCCACGCCGCUGGUGAUGCGGCUACUGGCGGAGUGGUACCCGGAGGAGAGCGCGGAGGGGCACCGGCGGAUCGUCGAGGCGGGCAUCAACGAGAUGGCGGGCGUGGUUCUGGCGCCGGAGGACGUCGCGAGGGCGGCGCUGUACCUGGCGUCCGACGAGGCCAGGUACGUCAACGGGCACAACCUCGUCGUCGACGGCGGCUUCACCGUGGGGAAGGUGCCUAACAUGCCGCCGCCCUGACGACGUUGACAGGUCUUGACGACGCGAUGAUGUGUUCUGGCCUUAUGUGUUGAAAUACUGCAGCACGUGCGAAAAUACGUGCCUGAAGCCCUGAACCUUGGUUCAACCGAAGCCGAGUUGGUGUAGCGCCCUAAAUUCCGUAUUACCUCUAAAAAUUUCAAAUGAUUUUUUUUUUGCAUUGCAUGUAGAAAAUGCACAUAUGUAUGUGCGUGCUAUUUUACACAAAAAAGUAAAAAUUACAAGUUUCAUAUGAAUAGUUGAAACGAAACUUCCCCUCCCCAAUUUUUUUGUAAGUUAGUGGUCUGAUAACUAUGUAACUUAGUGGUUGGAUAUUGGGUUCGCUGAACCCAAGUCUCAAUAAUUCGCUUUACAGCAUGUGUGUAAAUUACAGGGACUAUCUAUUUGGCAUUCGAGUGUUUUCCUUUUCGGCAUCACCCGGAUUUUUUGUCCAAUAGAAAUGUGACUGCUGUCCGUGGUCCUUCCUUCAUUAA